UUUGCAUGCGUUGGUCUGUGAGCCUUUGGGCCGAGAAGCACAGCAGCGCCCGCCGUGACUGUGGGCCAUAGCUGCACUGGAGGAGCCCUUUGUCUAGGAAGGGCCCCAGCGCUCUGCUCAAGGGGUGGGGGCCCAGAGCGCCUGGGAUCCGCCCCUCGGGUCCCUCCCCGACGCAGUCGCAGCCUGUCCGCCCGUCCGCCUGCCAGCCGGGACUCUCGCACAUCUGGCGAUCCCGAGCACAGCUGGGCAGCCGGCACCGAAGCAUGAACGGCUCACAGGCGGGCAUCGCAGCCCAAGCCGCCUGGCUGAGCUCCUGCUGCAACCAGUCGGGGGUGCAGCCGGAGCCCCCCGAGGGGCCGCGCGCCGUGCAGGCAGCGGUGCUGGGCGUGCUGUCGCUCCUCGUGCUCUGCGGGGUCCUGUUCCUGGGCGGCGGCCUUCUGCUCCGCGCGCAGGGCCUGACGGCGCUGCUGGCCCGAGAGCUGCUCGCGUCCCGGGAGGCCGAGCCCAGCGGCGCCAGCGGAGGCGACGACGACUCUUAGACGCCCGGCUGCGCUCGGGGGUCGCAGCCUCCAGGCGACCCGCGGACUCCGCGCCUUACUGCGAGGGAGCGGCCCGGGCGCCCGACGGCUGCGGCGGACGGAGCCCCGGCGCCCCCACCCCGCGAUGCUGGCGCGCACGCGCAGGGAAGCUCUGAAUCAAAGAAAGUAAUCCAGGCCAGACCCCUUCUCUUCUGAUGCCAGUGGGCCCUGGGGGACCAGGAAGAAAUGAAGGAUUCUGGACAGAAUAAUGGGGACCUGAUGACCUCUGGAGCAUGACAGGUGCCUUGCAAAUGUGGAAAUGCUCUUCCUGUGAAUCUCAUUCGUCUGAACUUCUUGUCCCUGGGAGAUGCGGAUGUUUCUCUAGGCUGGAGCCACCUGGAAGGGACUGGUGGGUGUCUAGCUCCCUCUAGUGGGAGUCCUGAAAUGGAAUUGAAUGGGAAGAUUGGCGUCAAGGGAGGUCAGUCGGGACUGCACCUUACGUCCUCCAAGUAUUCCCAUCACCUCCACGCCCUCCGCAGGACGCGUAGGGAUAGGCAGCGAAGUGUAGCGUCCUCUCCCCGCCCCACUGAAGGUGGGGACGCUGUUUAGGCUCCAGGUCUGGGACCUGCAGCCUAAGGAAGGAAGGCACAGCAGGGAGGCUCUUGAGGGAGAUGCUCCAUGU